GCUGGUUGCCUGUGUACUCAAAAUGAAUAAGGCUCAGGCGACUAAGGAGCAUGUUCUGGCAGUGUCCAGGGACUUCAUAUCCCAACCCCGUCUGACUUACAAGACGGUGUCGGGUGUCAACGGCCCCCUGGUCAUCCUCGACGAGGUGAAGUUCCCUAAGUUCUCAGAGAUCGUGCAGCUGAGACUUGCCGAUGGAACCCUCCGAUCCGGUCAGGUGUUGGAGGUCAGCGGCUCGAAGGCGGUCGUCCAAGUGUUCGAGGGCACCUCGGGCAUCGACGCCAAGAACACUCUCUGCGAGUUCACCGGCGACAUUCUGCGCACACCUGUCUCCGAGGAUAUGUUGGGUCGCGUGUUCAACGGCUCCGGAAAGCCCAUCGACAAGGGUCCCCCGAUCCUGGCCGAGGACUACCUGGACAUCCAGGGCCAGCCCAUCAACCCCUGGUCCCGUAUCUACCCCGAGGAGAUGAUCCAGACUGGUAUCUCCGCCAUUGACGUGAUGAACUCCAUCGCCCGUGGACAGAAGAUCCCCAUCUUCUCGGCCGCCGGUCUGCCCCACAAUGAAAUUGCUGCCCAGAUCUGUAGACAGGCCGGUCUGGUCAAGCAAACUGGAAAAUCCGUGAUCGACGAGCACGAAGACAACUUCGCCAUCGUGUUCGCCGCCAUGGGUGUCAACAUGGAGACCGCGCGCUUCUUCAAGCAGGACUUCGAGGAGAACGGCUCCAUGGAGAACGUGUGCCUGUUCCUCAACUUGGCCAACGACCCCACCAUCGAGAGAAUCAUUACUCCGCGUCUGGCGCUCACUGCCGCCGAGUUCUUGGCCUACCAGUGCGAGAAACACGUGCUGGUCAUCUUGACCGACAUGUCCUCGUACGCCGAGGCGCUGCGUGAGGUGUCCGCUGCCCGCGAGGAGGUGCCCGGCCGACGUGGCUUCCCAGGUUACAUGUACACGGAUUUGGCCACCAUUUACGAGCGCGCCGGCCGCGUCGAGGGCCGUAACGGCUCCAUUACGCAGAUCCCCAUCCUGACGAUGCCGAACGAUGACAUCACGCAUCCCAUCCCCGAUUUGACCGGCUACAUUACUGAGGGACAGAUCUACGUCGACCGUCAGCUCCACAACAGGCAGAUCUACCCGCCAGUGAACGUGCUGCCUUCCCUGUCCCGUCUGAUGAAGUCCGCCAUCGGCGAGGGCAUGACCCGCCGCGACCACUCCGACGUGUCCAACCAGCUGUACGCGUGUUACGCCAUCGGCAAGGACGUGCAGGCCAUGAAGGCCGUGGUGGGCGAGGAGGCGCUCACGCCCGACGACCUGCUCUACCUAGAGUUCCUCACCAAGUUCGAGAAGAACUUCAUCACCCAGGGUAACUACGAGAACCGCACAGUAUUCGAGUCGCUCGACAUCGGCUGGCAGCUGCUCCGCAUCUUCCCCAAGGAGAUGCUGAAGCGUAUCCCCGCCUCCACCCUCGCAGAGUUCUACCCCCGCGACUCGCGCCACUAAACGCGCCGCCAGCGUGACCGCCAUUUUGAACUUGUCAACUUGUCUAUGGUCAAAAGCGCGGGAGCGCUAAACGUCACUUUGACAGCUUUGA